UGCUCAAAACAGAAGCAGUGAGCUCAUCAAGAUCCAAGACAACCGCUGGAGUGGAAGGAGAGUCUAUUCUUCUCUCAGCUCUCAUCCAUUGUUCCAAAGCCUCCACAGGCACAACUGGGCUCUCCCCAGGCCUGGGCGCCAUGGCAACAGUCACAUGACCCCACAAACAGCUCUGCUGGGGCUGGGCUGCUCAGCCUGCUUCUCUCUGAAGGGAGCCUGGAGUUUGCGAUCUGAGAUGCUGCAUAGAGUCCCCCAGAUGACCACCCCUUGGGCUAAUAGGGACCUGCAGAGAGCCUGGGAGAAAACCUACCAGGACCACAGGAAAAAGGUCCAGAAUGCCCAGCCACUAGUGGACACCCACCCACCCCAGACUUACAGCCACCUCUACCUGAAGUUCAAGAAGCUGAAGAUGGAGGAAGAAAGACUCUCCGUCAUCGACAGAGACAACUGUCUACUUCUGCAGAGGGUGGCCUCUGCCAUGAGAACCAGGGGACAGACUGACAGCAGAAAUCACUUCACACACAGAAGUCUAAACAGGAAGACCAGAGAACAGGCGCACAUGAAAGCGCAGAAACAAAACAAAGUCGUCCUGGAAAGACUCCCAAGCUCAGAGCCCUGGUAUGGAGCACAGAGACCGUGGGAGGACUGGGCUGCCACCACCAGCCAUCCCUGCAAAAGCAGACGCACCUGGAGAAAAGGAGCUGAAACUGAUGCCCAGCAAGGACACCGCUUCAUCUGGAUGCCCCACCUGAAGGGAUGAAGGUUCAGACUGCAAACACCCUAAGCAGCCCAGGACCCAGGAGCUCUGAGGUGGCCUUCCUGUGCUCUCCCUGGGGUCAUGCUGGCUUCCGUGUGCCUCCAGGGACAGCCGUAAGGGCUGUGACACAGCACUCAUGACAUUCGCCAGAUGACACAGCACAGCUAUUUAUUGCAUUUCUUGGACUGAUAACCAAAAACAAAACAUGCUGAGUAACUCUGAAAGUGACUGGAUUUUGAAUUAGACUGUCUUUUCUAGCUAUUAAUACUUUUUCUGAGUUACCAUGAGUUUGGGUGGGUGGGUGUAAUUCCCUUAAAAACUCUGUGACUGUCAUUUUACCAAAUAUGUAAAUAAAUCAAAUUUGAGAACUUUCA